GGCUUUCCUGUUGAUAGGUUAGCGUGCAAGACAAGAGCGAUAGCCUUUACCUCAUUUAUGUACUUGAGCGUUCAGAAAUAGGAUCUAAUAACGACUUUAUUCGAGGAGGAAAAUUCUAACGAAAAGUUAUACAGAGUGAGAGAUGGAUUCGCAGACGAAGGCUGACCCGAUGCGCGUGCUCGUCACGGGCGGAUCCGGUUUGGUCGGGAAGGCCAUCGAGCACGUGGUGAAACAGGAAGGCGGCUGUCUCGAGGGCGAGCAGUGGACCUUCCUGUCCUCCAAAGAGGCCAACUUCGUAGAUCUACAACAGACAAGAGCAGUGUUUGAGAAGUAUCGGCCCACCCAUGUCAUCCACCUGGCUGCCAAGGUGGGAGGACUCUAUCUUCACAUGAAGGAGAACCUACACUUUCUGAGGGACAACCUUCGCAUCAAUGACAACGUGCUGCAGACGUCUCACGAAAGGGGCGUCACCAAGGUGGUGUCCUGUCUGUCCAGCUGCAUCUUUCCUGACAAGACCACAUACCCUAUCGAUGAGAGCAUGAUCCACAAUGGGCCUCCACACGACUCAAACUUUGGCUACUCACAUGCCAAAAGAAUGAUUGAUAUUCAGAACAGGGGAUACUUUGCGCAGCAUGGGCGCCGCUACACCGCCGUAAUCCCGACUAACGUGUAUGGUCCCUAUGACAACUUCAACUUUGAAAAUGGUCACGUGCUCUCGGCACUCAUGCAUAAGACAUAUGCUGCUAAAAAGGAGGGAACCCCGCUACAGGUGUGGGGCUCUGGAACACCCAGGAGACAAUUCAUCUACUCUCUGGAUGUAGCACGUCUGUUCCUCUGGGUGCUGCGGGAGUAUGAUGAGAUUGACCCCAUCAUUCUCUCUGUGGGGGAGGAGGAGGAGCUCCCCAUCAAGGACGCCGUAGAGAUGAUUGCAGAUGCCCUGGACUUCAAAGGUCAAAUAGUUUUCGACACCAGCAAGUCAGACGGUCAGAUGAAGAAGACGGCCAGCAACGCCAAGCUGCGACGCUACCUCCCUGACUUCACCUUCACGCCGCUCUCUGAAGGUAUCAAGAAGACCUGUGAUUGGUUCGUGAACAACUACGACAUAGCCCGAACUUGAAGACAAAUGAAGAUCGAGACAUGAAUAUUGUUUAAUGAAAAAGACGAGGGCUACGUCCCAAUACUAC